AUGUUAUCAAGAUUCGUAUCAAGAGUUACACCAUUGGCCAGACAAUCAUUGGUUAAUGGUCAAAUGAACUACUCUAGUGGUUAUAUGGUUGACAAUACUACUAGUGUACCAAACUUUGAUAAAUAUAGAAAGCACUCUUCAGCCGCUGACCCAGAGGGACGUGGUUACACCUAUUUGGUAGUUGGAGCUGCUGCUUCAGGUCUUGCCGCUAUGGCCAAGAACACUGUUGUCUCUGCUCUUUCCACCAUGGCCCCAGGUCAAGAUAUUUUGGCUCUUUCAUCAAUUGAAAUCGACUUGUCAUCGAUUCCAGAAGCCACCGCCGUCACCUUGAAAUGGAGAGGCAAGCCACUCUUUAUUCGUCAUCGUUCGGCCGAUGAAAUCUCCCAAAGCCAAGCCGUCGACGUUUCUACUUUGGUCGAUCCACAAGCAGAUGUCAAGCGUGCCAAGGAUCCAGAAUGGAUCGUCCUCAUUGGUGUCUGCACCCAUCUUGGUUGCAUUCCAAUUGCCGGUGGUGGUGACUUUGGUGGAUGGUACUGUCCAUGCCACGGUUCUCAUUAUGAUAACGCUGGUCGUAUUCGUAAGGGUCCAGCCCCAGAAAAUCUUAUCAUCCCACCAUACAAGUUCUUGUCUCCAACCUCCAUCAUUGUUGGUGAUGAAUAA